AUGAAAGAUGAGCAAAACAAUGAGGAUGCAUCUUGGUGCUAUGACAACUUUGUCGAUAACAGUGCAUUGAAGUCAGUAUCAAAGAAUCGAACUUCCAUAUUCAUUGCACACAGGCUCACCACUGCAAUGCAGUGUGUUGAGAUUAUUGUUUUGGAAAAUGGAAAGGUGGUUGAGCAUGGACCACAUGAAAUGCUCUUAGAAAAUGCAGGAAGAUAUGCGCAGCUUUGGGGACAACAAAAUAACUCUAUUGAUACAAUUGACGCAGCCAUCAAAUUGGGAGCAUAA